AUGGGGAACAUAAUGUCUACGUCUUUUGCACCGGAAUGCAAUGAAUUAAAGGAGAAGUACGAUACCUGUUUCAAUACGUGGUAUUCAGAGAAGUUUCUUAAGGGCAAGGGUCUCCAAAACGAAUGCGAGACGUUUUGGGACGAUUACAAGAGAUGCAUCGAUAUCCAUCUUGCGAAGCAAGGGAUAAAGCCCAUGCUGGACGAGGCAAGGAAGGAGCUUCCGCUAGAGAACGAGGGGAAGCCAAGGGACGAAUAA